GAAUUGACUACUUCUACUUACACUUCCACCGACUCUGAAGGUAAUAUUACCACCGGUACCACCACCUACCCAGUCUCCCACACCAGUGAAGAAGAAGUCACCACUUCUACUUACACUUCCACCGACUCUGAAGGUAAUGUUACCACCGGUACUACUACCUACCCAGUUUCUCACACCAGUGAAGAAGAAGUAACCACUUCUACUUACACUUCCACCGACUCUGAAGGUAAUGUUACCACCGGUACCACCACCUACCCAGUCUCUCACACCAGUGAAGAAGAAUUGACUACUUCUACUUACACUUCCACCGACUCUGAAGGUAAUGUUACCACCGGUACCACCACCUACCCAGUCUCUCACACCAGUGAAGAAGAAUUGGCUACUUCUACCUACACUUCCACUGACUCUGAAGGUAAUGUUACCACCGGUACCACCACCUACCCAGUCUCUCACACUUCUGAAGAAGAAGUCACCACUUCUACUUACACUUCCACCGACUCUGAAGGUAAUGUUACCACCGGUACCACCACCUACCCAGUCUCCCACUCCAGUGAAGAAGAAGUCAUCACUUCUACCUACAUUUCCACCGACUCUGAAGGUAAUGUUACCACCGGUACCACCACCUACCCAGUCUCUCACACCAGUGAAGAAGAAUUGACUACUUCUACUUACACUUCCACCGACUCUGAAGGUAAUGUUACCACCGGUACCACUACCUACCCAGUCUCUCACACCAGUGAAGAAGAUUUGACUACUUCUACUUACACUUCCACCGACUCUGAAGGUAAUGUUACCACCGGUACCACCACCUACCCAGUCUCUCACACCAGUGAAGAAGAAAUCACCACUUCUACUUACACUUCCACCGACUCUGAAGGUAAUGUUACCACCGGUACCACCACCUACCCAGUCUCUCACACCAGUGAAGAAGAAGUCACCACUUCUACCUACACUUCCACCGACUCUGAAGGUAAUGUUACCACCGGUACUACUACCUACCCAGUCUCCCACACUUCUGAAGAAGAAUUGACUACUUCUACUUACACUUCCACCGACUCUGAAGGUAAUGUUACCACCGGUACCACUACCUACCCAGUCUCUCACACUUCUGAAGAAGAAUUGACUACUUCUACUUACACUUCCACUGACUCUGAAGGUAAUGUUACCACCGGUACCACCACCUACCCAGUCUCCCACACCAGUGAAGAAGAAGUCACCACUUCUACCUACACUUCCACCGACUCUGAAGGUAAUGUUACCACCGGUACCACCACCUACCCAGUCUCUCACACCAGUGAAGAAGAAGUCACCACUUCUACUUACACUUCCACCGACUCUGAAGGUAAUGUUACCACCGGUACUACUACCUACCCAGUCUCGCACACCAGUGAAGAAGAAGUCACCACUUCUACUUACACUUCCACCGACUCUGAAGGUAAUGUUACCACCGGUACCACCACCUACCCAGUCUCUCACACCAGUGAAGAAGAAUUGACUACUUCUACUUACACUUCCACCGACUCUGAAGGUAAUGUUACCACCGGUACCACCACCUACCCAGUCUCUCACACUUCUGAAGAAGAAGUCACCACUUCUACUUACACUUCCACCGACUCUGAAGGUAAUGUUACCACCGGUACCACCACCUACCCAGUCUCCCACACCAGUGAAGAAGAAGUCACCACUUCUACUUACACUUCCACCGACUCUGAAGGUAAUGUUACCACCGGUACCACCACCUACCCAGUCUCUCACACUUCUGAAGAAGAAGUCACCACUUCUAUUUACACUUCCACCGACUCUGAAGGUAAUGUUACCACCGGUACCACCACCUACCCAGUCUCUCACACUUCUGAAGAAGAAGUCACCACUUCUACUUACACUUCCACCGACUCUGAAGGUAAUGUUACCACCGGUACCACUACCUACCCAGUUUCUCACACCAGUGAAGAAGAAUUGACUACUUCUACUUACACUUCCACCGACUCUGAAGGUAAUGUUACCACCGGUACCACCACCUACCCAGUCUCCCACACCAGUGAAGAAGAAGUCACCACUUCUACUUACUCUUCCACCGACUCUGAAGGUAAUGUUACCACCGGUACUACUACCUACCCAGUCUCCCACACCAGUGAAGAAGAAGUCACCACUUCUACUUACACUUCCACCGACUCUGAAGGUAAUGUUACCACCGGUACUACUACCUACCCAGUCUCCCACACCAGUGAAGAAGAAGUAACCACUUCUACCUACACUUCCACCGACUCUGAAGGUAAUGUUACCACCGGUACCACUACCUACCCAGUUUCUCACACCAGUGAAGAAGAAGUCACCACUUCUACUUACACUUCCACCGACUCUGAAGGUAAUGUUACCACCGGUACUACUACCUACCCAGUCUCCCACACCAGUGAAGAAGAAUUUACUACUUCUACUUACACUUCCACCGACUCUGAAGGUAAUGUUACCACCGGUACUACUACCUACCCAGUCUCCCACACCAGUGAAGAAGAAUUGACUACUUCUACUUACACUUCCACCGACUCUGAAGGUAAUGUUACCACCGGUACUACUACCUACCCAGUUUCUCACACCAGUGAAGAAGAAGUAACCACUUCUACUUACACUUCCACCGACUCUGAAGGUAAUGUUACCACCGGUACCACCACCUACCCAGUCUCUCACACCAGUGAAGAAGAAUUGACUACUUCUACUUACACUUCCACCGACUCUGAAGGUAAUGUUACCACCGGUACCACCACCUACCCAGUCUCUCACACUUCUGAAGAAGAAGUCACCACUUCUACUUACACUUCCACCGACUCUGAAGGUAAUGUUACCACCGGUACCACCACCUACCCAGUCUCCCACACCAGUGAAGAAGAAUUGACUACUUCUACUUACACUUCCACCGACUCUGAAGGUAAUGUUACCACCGGUACCACCACCUACCCAGUUUCUCACACCAGUGAAGAAGAAUUGACUACUUCUACCUACACUUCCACCGACUCUGAAGGUAAUGUUACCACCGGUACCACUACCUACCCAGUUUCUCACACCAGUGAAGAAGAAUUGACUACUUCUACCUACACUUCCACCGACUCUGAAGGUAAUGUUACCACCGGUACCACUACCUACCCAGUUUCUCACACCAGUGAAGAAGAAUUGACUACUUCUACUUACACUUCCACCGACUCUGAAGGUAAUGUUACCACCGGUACUACUACCUACCCAGUCUCUCACACUUCUGAAGAAGAAGUCACCACUUCUACUUACACUUCCACCGACUCUGAAGGUAAUGUUACCACCGGUACCACCACCUACCCAGUCUCUCACACCAGUGAAGAAGAAUUGACUACUUCUACUUACACUUCCACCGACUCUGAAGGUAAUGUUACCACCGGUACCACCACCUACCCAGUCUCUCACACUUCUGAAGAAGAAUUGACUACUUCUACUUACACUUCCACCGACUCUGAAGGUAAUGUUACCACCGGUACCACUACCUACCCAGUUUCUCACACCAGUGAAGAAGAAUUGACUACUUCUACCUACACUUCCACCGACUCUGAAGGUAAUGUUACCACCGGUACCACUACCUACCCAGUUUCUCACACCAGUGAAGAAGAAUUGACUACUUCUACUUACACUUCCACCGACUCUGAAGGUAAUGUUACCACCGGUACCACCACCUACCCAGUCUCCCACACCAGUGAAGAAGAAGUAACCACUUCUACUUACACUUCCACCGACUCUGAAGGUAAUGUUACCACCGGUACUACUACCUACCCAGUUUCUCACACCAGUGAAGAAGAAGUAACCACUUCUACUUACACUUCCACCGACUCUGAAGGUAAUGUUACCACCGGUACCACCACCUACCCAGUCUCUCACACCAGUGAAGAAGAAUUGACUACUUCUACUUACACUUCCACCGACUCUGAAGGUAAUGUUACCACCGGUACCACCACCUACCCAGUCUCUCACACUUCUGAAGAAGAAGUCACCACUUCUACUUACACUUCCACCGACUCUGAAGGUAAUGUUACCACCGGUACCACCACCUACCCAGUCUCCCACACCAGUGAAGAAGAAUUGACUACUUCUACUUACACUUCCACCGACUCUGAAGGUAAUGUUACCACCGGUACCACCACCUACCCAGUCUCUCACACUUCUGAAGAAGAAGUCACCACUUCUACUUACACUUCCACCGACUCUGAAGGUAAUGUUACCACCGGUACUACUACCUACCCAGUCUCGCACACCAGUGAAGAAGAAGUCACCACUUCUACUUACACUUCCACCGACUCUGAAGGUAAUGUUACCACCGGUACCACCACCUACCCAGUCUCUCACACCAGUGAAGAAGAAGUCACCACUUCUACUUACACUUCCACCGACUCUGAAGGUAAUGUUACCACCGGUACCACCACCUACCCAGUCUCACACACCAGUGAAGAAGAAGUCACCACUUCUACUUACACUUCCACCGACUCUGAAGGUAAUGUUACCACCGGUACUACUACCUACCCAGUCUCUCACACCAGUGAAGAAGAAUUGACUACUUCUACCUACACUUCCACCGACUCUGAAGGUAAUGUUACCACCGGUACCACUACCUACCCAGUUUCUCACACCAGUGAAGAAGAAUUGACUACUUCUACCUACACUUCCACCGACUCUGAAGGUAAUGUUACCACCGGUACCACUACCUACCCAGUCUCUCACACUUCUAAAGAAGAAGUCACCACUUCUACUUACACUUCCACCGACUCUGAAGGUAAUGUUACCACCGGUACCACUACCUACCCAGUUUCUCACACCAGUGAAGAAGAAGUAACCACUUCUACUUACACUUCCACCGACUCUGAAGGUAAUGUUACCACCGGUACCACCACCUACCCAGUCUCUCACACUUCUGAAGAAGAAGUCACCACUUCUACUUACACUUCCACCGACUCUGAAGGUAAUGUUACCACCGGUACCACCACCUACCCAGUCUCUCACACCAGUGAAGAAGAAUUGACUACUUCUACUUACACUUCCACCGACUCUGAAGGUAAUGUUACCACCGGUACCACCACCUACCCAGUCUCUCACACUUCUGAAGAAGAAGUCACCACUUCUACUUACACUUCCACCGACUCUGAAGGUAAUGUUACCACCGGUACCACCACCUACCCAGUCUCCCACACCAGUGAAGAAGAAUUGGCUACUUCUACCUACACUUCCACUGACUCUGAAGGUAAUGUUACCACCGGUACCACCACCUACCCAGUCUCUCACACUUCUGAAGAAGAAGUCACCACUUCUACUUACACUUCCACCGACUCUGAAGGUAAUGUUACCACCGGUACCACCACCUACCCAGUCUCUCACACCAGUGAAGAAGAAGUCACCACUUCUACUUACACUUCCACCGACUCUGAAGGUAAUGUUACCACCGGUACUACUACCUACCCAGUCUCUCACACCAGUGAAGAAAAAGUAACCACUUCUACUUACACUUCCACCGACUCUGAAGGUAAUGUUACCACCGGUACUACUACCUACCCAGUCUCCCACACCAGUGAAGAAGAAGUAACCACUUCUACUUACACUUCCACCGACUCUGAAGGUAAUGUUACCACCGGUACUACUACCUACCCAGUCUCCCACACCAGUGAAGAAGAAUUGGCUACUUCUACCUACACUUCCACUGACUCUGAAGGUAAUGUUACCACCGGUACUACUACCUACCCAGUCUCUCACACCAGUGAAGAAGAAGUCACCACUUCUACUUACACUUCCACCGACUCUGAAGGUAAUGUUACCACCGGUACUACUACCUACCCAGUCUCUCACACCAGUGAAGAAGAAUUGGCUACUUCUACCUACACUUCCACUGACUCUGAAGGUAAUGUUACCACCGGUACCACCACCUACCCAGUCUCUCACACUUCUGAAGAAGAAGUCACCACUUCUACUUACACUUCCACCGACUCUGAAGGUAAUGUUACCACCGGUACCACUACCUACCCAGUCUCUCACACUUCUGAAGAAGAAGUCACCACUUCUACCUACACUUCCACUGACUCUGAAGGUAAUGUUACCACCGGUACCACCACCUACCCAGUCUCUCACACUUCUGAAGAAGAAGUCACCACUUCUACUUACACUUCCACCGACUCUGAAGGUAAUGUUACCACCGGUACCACCACCUACCCAGUCUCUCACACCAGUGAAGAAGAAUUGACUACUUCUACCUACACUUCCACCGACUCUGAAGGUAAUGUUACCACCGGUACCACUACCUACCCAGUUUCUCACACCAGUGAAGAAGAAUUGACUACUUCUACUUACACUUCCACCGACUCUGAAGGUAAUGUUACCACCGGUACCACUACCUACCCAGUCUCUCACACCAGUGAAGAAGAAUUGACUACUUCUACUUACAUUUCCACCGACUCUGAAGGUAAUGUUACCACCGGUACCACUACCUACCCAGUCUCUCACACCAGUGAAGAAGAAGUCACCACUUCUACUUACACUUCCACCGACUCUGAAGGUAAUGUUACCACCGGUACCACUACCUACCCAGUCUCUCACACCAGUGAAGAAGAAUUGACUACUUCUACUUACACUUCCACUGACUCUGAAGGUAAUGUUACCACUGGUACCACUACCUACCCAGUCUCUCACACCAGUGAAGAAGAAGUCACCACUUCUACUUACACUUCCACCGACUCUGAAGGUAAUGUUACCACUGGUACCACUACCUACCCAGUCUCUCACACCAGUGAAGAAGAAGUCACCACUUCUACUUACACUUCCACCGACUCUGAAGGUAAUGUUACCACCGGUACCACUACCUACCCAGUCUCUCACACCAGUGAAGAAGAAGUCACCACUUCUACUUACACUUCCACCGACUCUGAAGGUAAUGUUACCACCGGUACCACUACCUACCCAGUCUCUCACACCAGUGAAGAAGAAUUGACUACUUCUACUUACACUACCACCGACUCUGAAGGUAAUGUUACCACCGGUACCACUACCUACCCAGUCUCUCACACCAGUGAAGAAGAAUUGACUACUUCUACUUACACUUCCACCGACUCUGAAGGUAAUGUUACCACCGGUACCACUACCUACCCAGUCUCUCACACCAGUGAAGAAGAAGUCACCACUUCUACUUACACUUCCACCGACUCUGAAGGUAAUGUUACCACCGGUACCACCACCUACCCAGUCUCGCACACCAGUGAAGAAGAAGUCACCACUUCUACUUACACUUCCACCGACUCUGAAGGUAAUGUUACCACCGGUACCACUACCUACCCAGUUUCUCACACCAGUGAAGAAGAAUUGACUACUUCUACCUACACUUCCACCGACUCUGAAGGUAAUGUUACCACCGGUACUACUACCUACCCAGUUUCUCACACCAGUGAAGAAGAAUUUACCACUUCUACUUACACUUCCACCGACUCUGAAGGUAAUGUUACCACCGGUACCACCACCUACCCAGUCUCGCACACCAGUGAAGAAGAAGUCACCACUUCUACUUACACUUCCACCGACUCUGAAGGUAAUGUUACCACCGGUACCACCACCUACCCAGUUUCUCACACCAGUGAAGAAGAAUUGACUACUUCUACCUACACUUCCACCGACUCUGAAGGUAAUGUUACCACCGGUACUACUACCUACCCAGUUUCUCACACCAGUGAAGAAGAAUUUACUACUUCUACUUACACUUCCACCGACUCUGAAGGUAAUGUUACCACCGGUACCACCACCUACCCAGUCUCCCACACCAGUGAAGAAGAAGUCACCACUUCUACUUACACUUCCACCGACUCUGAAGGUAAUGUUACCACCGGUACCACCACCUACCCAGUCUUUCACACUUCUGAAGAAGAAGUCACCACUUCUACUUACACUUCCACCGACUCUGAAGGUAAUGUUACCACCGGUACCACCACCUACCCAGUUUCUCACACCAGUGAAGAAGAAGUCACCACUUCUACUUACACUUCCACCGACUCUGAAGGUAAUGUUACCACCGGUACCACCACCUACCCAGUCUCUCACACUUCUGAAGAAGAAGUCACCACUUCUACUUACACUUCCACCGACUCUGAAGGUAAUGUUACCACCGGUACCACUACCUACCCAGUUUCUCACACCAGUGAAGAAGAAGUCACCACUUCUACUUACACUUCCACCGACUCUGAAGGUAAUGUUACCACCGGUACCACCACCUACCCAGUCUCUCACACUUCUGAAGAAGAAGUCACCACUUCUACUUACACUUCCACCGACUCUGAAGGUAAUGUUACCACCGGUACCACCACCUACCCAGUCUCUCACACCAGUGAAGAAGAAAUCACCACUUCUACUUACACUUCCACCGACUCUGAAGGUAAUGUUACCACCGGUACUACUACCCACCCAGUCUCCCACACCAGUGAAGAAGAAAUCACCACUUCUACUUACACUUCCACCGACUCUGAAGGUAAUGUUACCACCGGUACCACCACCUACCCAGUCUCCCACACCAGUGAAGAAGAAAUCACCACUUCUACUUACACUUCCACCGACUCUGAAGGUAAUGUUACCACCGGUACCACCACCUACCCAGUCUCUCACACCAGUGAAGAAGAAUUGACUACUUCUACUUACACUUCCACCGACUCUGAAGGUAAUGUUACCACCGGUACCACCACCUACCCAGUCUCUCACACCAGUGAAGAAGAAGUCAUCACUUCUACUUACACUUCCACCGACUCUGAAGGUAAUGUUACCACCGGUACCACCACCUACCCAGUCUCUCACACCAGUGAAGAAGAAUUGACUACUUCUACCUACACUUCCACCGACUCUGAGGGUAAUGUUACCACUGGUACCACUACUUUGGAGGUGUCGGAAGUUUCCAGUUCGAGUGUCGUAGUUACGGAAAGUGUUUCUACAGUAACUGUAACUAUGUCUGAUGGUAAUGUGGUAACUUUGACGACUACUGUUCCAUGUUCUACUUCUGUAGGUUCAACUAGGCCAACAGAUAACACUGUUACUUACAUUACCACCACUGACUCUGCAGGUCACACAACUGUUAUAACCUCAUCUGCUGCUAGUGAAACUGCUAAACCAACAGAUAACACUGUUACUCACAUUACCACUACCGACUCUGCAGGUCACACAACUGUUAUAACCUCAUCUGCUGCUAGUGAAACUGCUAAACCAACAGAUAACACUGUUACCCAUAUCACCACCACUGACUCUGCAGGUCACACAACUGUUAUAACCUCAUCUGCUGCUAGUGAAACUGCUAAACCAACAGAUAACACUGUUACUCACAUUACCACUACCGACUCUGCAGGUCAUACGACUAUUAUAACCUCAUCUGUUCCAACUUCUAAUACACAAAGUGUAACUACAUUGGUUCCACCAGGUAGCUCUAUGUCAACUGUAUCUUCAGAUUUGAAUACUUCUGUCACUGAUGAUGUCACAUCAUCUGGAUCUAACCCAUCUGCUACUGUAGGUAUCUCAUCUUCUUAUGAAGGUGCUGGUGUAUCAAAUAAGAUAAGCAAUUCAUUAUCCGGUUUGAUUGGUAUGAUUGUUUUGGCAAUUUUGGUUUAG